AACGGUGCCAAAUAUUUAGAAACGGAGGGAGUAAUAAAGAGAGUGAAAAAGGAUGCCGUGGAGUUGAGUAGGCCCAACAAAUCCGGGAUUUCAUGGGUUACAGUACUUUGGGCUAAAAUUGUGUUCCGUAGGCCCAAGAUGGAACUCGAUCACGGGCCUUAUUUCUUCUUCCCGUGAAGACUGAAGCCCAAAUCUCCCUCACCACAGGGCACGAUACCGCCGUCCGUUCGCGGCGCGACCCUUCGCCGCCGCGCCGCCGCGCCGGCGCUAUGCAGCGCCUCCAAAAGCAGCUCCUUCCCGCCCUGCGCGCCGCCUUCCCUCUCCCUGCCUCCCACUUCAGCAGCCGCCUUCUCUCCGCCUCCACCGCCACCUUAUCCCCCACCCGCUUCGUCGACGAGGACGCCCUCGUCGCCGCCUGCGGCCUCACCGGAGCCGAAGCCCUCAAGGCCUCGAAGCGUCUACAGAAGGUACCCUCAAAUCUAGACGCCGCCCUCACCUUCCUCGCCUUUCUCGCCGACUUCCGCCUCUCCAAAGACGACAUCGCCGCCGCAAGCUCACGGUACCCGCGGUUCCUCCAUCUCAAGGUGGACGAAACCCUAACCUCCCAAGUAGCCCGGCUCCGGGAUAUCGGCCUAUCCACUCCCGAGAUUGGCCGCCUCAUUACCAUCGCCCCCUGCAUCCUCUCCAAUCCUCGCACGAUCUCCCGCCUUGAAUUCUACCUCUCCUUUUUGGGCUCCUACCCCAGGGUGCACUCCGCCCUUCGGAACAAUUCCUCCCUUCUACGGCGAAACAACAUCGAGAGUGAGGUCAAGCCCAACAUUGCAUUCCUGGAGCAGUGCGGCCUAACUACUUGUGAUAUUGCCAAGAUCCUCAUGUCUGGCUCUAGGAUACUCAUUAUGCAGCCAGAGCAUGUCAAGGAAAUUGUGGCGUGUGCAGACAAGUUCGGUAUGCCCCGUGAGUCAGCUGGUUUCAGGUAUGCCCUGAUGGCUGUUACCGGCAUCAGCCCAGUGAGGGUCAGCGCAAAACUUGAUUUCUUGAGGAUGGUUAUUGGAUGCUCAGAUGCCCAGCUACACAUUGCGGUGUCUAGGUUUCCACUAAUCCUGACAUACUCAGAAGUUAAGCUGAGCCGCUCACUGGAAUUCCUGAAAGCGGAGGUUGGGUUGGAGCCUCAGUACAUUGUGCUCCGGCCAGCAUUGCUCGGCUAUAGCAUUCAGAAACGGCUGAUGCCGCGUUAUCAUGUCAUGAAGGUUCUGAAUGAAAAGGGCCUGCUGAAGAAAGACACUGAUUUUUACUCUAUGGUUAAAAUAGUUGAAGAGAGCUUUUUUAAGAAGUUCCUUCUCCCAUACCACAGGUCUGUUCCAGGACUUGAAAAAGCUUAUCUGGCUGCCCGUGAAGGGAAAAUGUUUCCUGAAAUCUAAAACAGAGAUGCUGGAGGUUUAUUCUGCCUAGGAACUUGAUAAUGUUCUGCAUUUUACAUCUUGCUCAGUUCUUAGAUGAUUUCUAGCGAUCUGUAUUUGUGAUUUCAUCUGUGCUUUUUGAGACAAACAUCUAAUUUUAGUGCACUCUUGUUCUCAUUUUAAUGCCUCGCACACCACAAGGAUUUUUGCAUGCUUACUUAAGGAAUGUUUUAGCCUGGAGUUGCGCUGCAAUGCUGCAAUUUGUUUGUCA